CAUCGUAACAAGGAGGACGUUCGUUCAUCAGGGUCUCCAGCCCUAAGGCUUCACCAUGCUCGUCGCCCCAGAUUAGUGCAUUGUUUGGGCAACUGGCGUCAGGGAGCAUCAAGCUUGCACCGAUUUCGCCAUCGCCAUUGCCUUUGCCAUUGCCCGGGGUGGGUUUGUAGUAAUCAGGGUCGGCUGUCAUUCACCAUGAGCAAAUCAGGGCAACCCCCGGAUUUGAAGAAGUACAUGGACAAGAAGCUGAACAUCAAGCUCAAUGCUGGUAGGAAUGUUGUUGGAGUCCUGCGUGGAUUUGACCAGUUCAUGAACCUUGUACUGGAUAACACUGUUGAGAUCAAUGGUGCUGACAGAAACGAGAUUGGCAUGGUGGUUAUUCGUGGGAACAGCGUAGUCAUGAUCGAGGCACUAGAAGCUGUAAGAUAGAGCUUGACAUGGCAAGCGCCCAAGGUGAUAAUUAUUUUGAAGACAAAGGUGCCUGAAUUUCCAUCUGUCUUCGACCGUCCAUCGUACAAUUUUAGAACGUGCAAAAACAUCCUUCGGAGUUACUUAGAGGGCACUUCGAAGACUAGUUCUACCUAGUGUUUUGGCUGAUGCAAUGUUAAGAAAAAUCCUCUACUAGAUUCAAAUGUGGCACGUUGGAGCAGUUGCUUGCCUUACUCUGCAUGCUCUUGAGUUAACCAUUUGACAAGAUACUUGAUGCACA